AUGCUCACGGGAAACCCCACAAACGUUCAACAUAUCCUCAAGACUAAAUUCUCACCAUACCAAAGAGUUGUCGAGAACCGUCAGUUCACCACAAACAUAUUGAACGAAAAGAAACAAGCACUCACGACCGAACUCGUUGAUUUCUUUUCACGGUUUCUGAACUCUAUUCAUUUGGAUGAAAAACAUCUGACAGAUAUUGUAAUCAGCUUCAUACUUGCCAGAAGAGAUACAACAUCGGCGGCUUUGACGUGGUUCUUCUGGUUACUUUACAAGAAUCCAACGAUCGAAAUUGAAGUUGUGAACGAAGUCAAAGACAAAGAGAAUUUAGAUUCCUCCAUUUAUGAUGAAGUGCAGGAUAUGGUUUAUACUUAUGCUAGUCUCUGUGAAAGCAUGAGGCUUUACCCUCCAGUUCUGGUGGACACGAAGCAGGCGAGAGCCAACGAUGUUUCACCGGAUGGGGACCGUCAUGAAGAAAAGUAUGAUGGGUCAAGGUUCAGGGGGAAUGAAACAUUUGUUUCUAAUCUAAUUUCAUUCACGUUAGAUAGACUAAUUCCACAUGUUUUUCAUGGUGCACACCACCUGUUUAUAAAAUGCCUCUAA